AACUAGUUUACAUACCGCUUUAUUAGUAGUUGAAUACCUUUUGGUUAUUUAUCUGUUUAGAUACCGGAAUAAACUCGAGUGAUUUACUUAUCCUAGAUACUGCAUGUUCGGACCCAAUGACCCUUGCUAUCCAGCAUACACGGAUUGUCUUCAAAACAGCGGUACAGGCUUUAUUAGCACCCUCGCAUACACUCAUUUAACAUAUUCUGCUUUACAGCCCUCUAAUCCGCUCGGAAUCUGUUCAUCUAUAUGCUAUACUUGUACGGGAGUGUUGCCAGAUACUGCACCAUCGACAACGUGGAUAUCUCCAGAUUCAAAGUGUCAGACUUUACAGUAUGCAUGUAACCAAGGAUGCAAUGGAAAUGGUGUUGUUCCUCUUUGUAUGCCCAAUUAUGGUAUCAACACGGGUCAGGCCGGAUCAGUUGGCACUUGCAUCUGCCAAUCCUUGACCACUCCUCAAAUUAAUCUUAAACCUGCACAGAAUACAACUGGGAUACGUAUCUGUGCUGGAGGAUUAGGUCGGUCUUCAAAUGCUGCAUGGAGCAAAACGCAUAAAGGAUGGAUCAACAGAUUUUCGGUCGUGCUUAGUGUCUUGAUCGUUUUUAUCGACUCCUGGAUGUUGGGUUUGUCAUGAUUCAGGGCUUGAAACUUGAAUUUAUAUAAAUGAUUUGAAUCGUAUAAUGAACAUAAUGUAUGGAC